GGCCAGACCAUAUCUUUCCUACAGAUGGGGUUCCUGCAUCCUGAUGACCAUCUUUUUACAUCUUUAGUCACAACUGUAGGAGAGAGGCCUGCACUGGCCCUUUUCUUUUGCAGGAGCAGUGGUGCUGUUGAGCAGGAGAUGGGACACUUACAGCUGGGGGACCCAAGAGGAUUGGAGGGGAGUGGAGCAAAGUGGAGAUGGACAUGAUGAUCUGAGUGGGAGAGGCAGGGAGCAGUGAGUGGAAGGAGGGGCAGCAGGAGUCUUGUUUCCGCCAUACUCCCUCCUCCAGCUUCUCUUUAUCCCUCUGGCUAGGAGCCUGAUUCCACUGUCAGAACCUAAUCCCCCUCCCAUUAUCUACUGCACUGCUGAGCAGGGAGGCUAGGGGAGGGGCCCAGGCUUGGCCCACAGCGCCGGGCCCUGAGCACUCCCCAAAGACCCCCCCUUUCCUUCCACCACCUCUGCUUUUGUCUGUCCUUCCUAGAACUCCUCACCCUGCUGCCUUCUUCCUGAAGCCACACCCCCAGUAAGCUCUCCCGGAUCCCCCAAAACCUAGGCUGAAGCAUCCAGCUCGCUUCUGCAAAUCUGAGGUUAUUGGCUAGUGCUGUGUGGAGCUUCCAGAAGCCCUUUCUGCAGUGUAACCUCCAUCCCUCUUGCUGCAGAGCAGCCUGGCUGCUUUAUUUUCUCUACACACCUAUUAUCCAGAGAUUUCCCUCUCUGCCGCCUAGUCCCCCAGCACUUUCUUCGGCCCGAUGAGAAGCCCUCUUUGACUUCCGUCCUCAAGGUUCCCCCCCAGCUCCCUAGACCGCUCCCGGGUUCCGAGCACAAGACCUACAGAGCCUGCCCGCUCCACCCUCGGCCACGCUGGCAGGGAGGAGCCAGGGCUGGGACCAGAUGUGGGGUUUUCUUCCCGUCUCGAAAGGAGGUGGGAGGGCGAGUCCUGGGGUAGGCAGCGGUGCGGGCCGCGGGGUCAUGUGCACCGGUCCGCCGAGGGCGACCAGGCCACAAGGUCCCUCGGAGACAGGCAGGGAACCGCUCCUCUUGCUCCAGGAGUCGCAUCUUUGUUCUUCUGUGGGUUCCCGCCUCGGGUCUCCGGGGCGGCCUCCGAGGCUCCCGCCUGCCCUCCUUUUCUGGUUUUCAGUCUCCCGGCCCUCUCCGCAGGGGUCUCCGCGGGAAGCCGUGCCCUACCCCCCCUGCUUUGAUCUCCCACUUCAAAGCCAAUCUCCCAGCGCGGGCUCGUCUUCCGUCUGUUUUACAGCUCGGGAGGGUGACACCUGAGACCCUGCUCCACCUCCUCCCCAGUCCCCCCCCCCCAGUCUAGGUGGCGGCGGGCGGCGCGCCCAGUCUCUGCCUCGCCUUCCCGCCUGCCGAGACCCCCCAGCGCUUUAAUAAAAACCUCGAGUCAAAUGACUGGCUGCGACCUCUGCCCUCCCCAGCCUCGCACCCCGCUCCUGCUUAACCCUGCGAAAUCCGUCCACUCAGUACAUUAAAAGGGAUGGGUUUCCACGUGCCCACUUCCAGCGUCCCCAGGCACUACCCAGCCAAAAGCCAGACCGAGGGGCAGGGGGAGGCUUCGCCUUUACCCCUCCUCUUUGAGUAGUUCCGGCAGGGGGCGCCGUUGCCCCACUUUGGUGUUGGACACCAAGGACCCCAGGGCUCCCCAGCCCCUCUCGAGUUCAGAGGGGUUCCCCGGAAUCUAGUUCGGGCUUCAAUGUAUCUAGAGCGCAGCCGCCCAUUCCCUUCCUCAGCUCCGGCUUGAGAUUUGGGGUUGAACCACAGGUGGGUCGCUGGGUGUCUGGCGCCAAGAGCAGAAUGCACCUAGUUAGAGAGGGGACAAGGGGAAACAGCCGAAACGUGGCAAACACAGGUGGGAAACAGCCACAUGUGAGCUCGGAGCAUCUGCGCUCCGGCCAAGCUUCCCUUCCUCUCUGCCCAGAGCGCAAUUCGAAUGCUCGCCUUCUGGCCGCUUCACCAUCCACCAGCUGGAGCGAACACUGGACCCACACACAGGACUGAAUCCAGAGGUUGGGGGCCGGGGCACAGGGGCCCCCAGAUGGGAGGCGGGGCAGGAGGCGGGGCCACUUCGGUCCUGGGCAGGAACGGGCAGUGCAAGGUAUAAAAGCUGCCUGCGCGCGAGUGGGAGCACUGGCUAGCUUUGGGGUUGCCCUGGACCGGUCUUGGUUCCUGAGUCUCACCACCCGGCAAAGGCGGCGGCGACGUCUCUUUUGACUAAAGGAUUCAGCGUCCAGUGCUGCAGCCAAGGGAUUUAAAGGGACUAUCAUCCGCGCCGCCACCAUGCCUAACUUCUCUGGCAAUUGGAAGAUCAUCCGAUCGGAAAACUUCGAGGAUUUACUCAAAGCGCUGGGGGUGAAUGUGAUGCUGAGGAAGAUUGCUGUGGCUGCAGCAUCCAAGCCAACAGUAGAGAUCAAACAAGAAGGAGACACUUUCUAUAUCAAAACCUCUACCACUGUGCGCACCACGGAGAUUAACUUCAAGAUCGGGGAGGAGUUUGAAGAGCAGACUGUGGAUGGGAGGCCCUGUAAGAGCCUGGUAAAGUGGGAGAGUGAGAACAAAAUGGUCUGUGAGCAGAGGCUUCUGAAGGGGGAGGGCCCCAAGACCUCCUGGACCAGAGAACUGACCAAUGAUGGGGAGCUGAUCCUGACCAUGACAGCGGAUGACAUUGUGUGCACCAGGGCCUACGUCCGAGAGUGAGUGGUCAUGGGUACAAAAGCUACCUGAGCCCACCAAUGGCUGUGCUCACCACCCUGCUUCACUCCCACCCUCCCUGCCCUUCUGUCCUUUCAGACUAGCUCUCCUCCUGCCCCAUCACUUGUGGGGGUCACUGGGAUGCAUCUUGCAGGGUCUUGCUUUCUUUGAGCACUUCUCCCUUCCCCUGUAACAACAAAGAGGGAUGGUGUGCAAGAGCCCAGAUCACCCAUUCCGGAGUCACUACCUCCCUCCCCAAGUCCCAGCCCCACUCCCAAACCAGCCCAGAGCAGAGUCUCUCUAUAAGGGGACCCAAGGGCUGGAGAGGGAAAGACUAGUCCUCUGGCUUCUACUCUAUCCCUGUAGCCUAUUCAGUUUAGAAUAUUUAUUUGUUAAUUUUAUUAAAAUG